CGGACGUCGUCGUACACACGCCGCUCCCCUUUCCUGACUUGCUCCUUGCUGGCGACGAAGCCAGCAAGUGGCAGGACGGCAUCCCCCCUCUUCCCAUCCUCGAGCGUCGUUUUCCAAUCUCUUUCGGGACAGUACUGACAUUUGUCGUCCCUUCCUCCCCUCCUUCCUGAAUGCAACGCGUCCAACUCGAUGUCCAUCCCCGACGCUCCAGGUACCGCUUGGCGCCCGACGAGUAUCAGAUCCUAGCUUCGGCAGCGGCAGUGGCCACCGUCGCACUCACCACUGCCAGCGGCUCGGGAAGCCAUGAAACCGCUUCGCUGGCCAAGGAUCCCACGGGCAGCGUUUCAGGACAGGCUCAGUCCUUUGGCGGGGCUGCAGCACCGGUAGCAGCGAGCCAUCAUCGGGUACUCACUUCGAUGGAGCAGGAGCACAUUGCCGGCCUUCUCCGAGCAUGGGCCGGCCUCGAGGGACCGCAGAAGCAGGCCGAGGCACGCGAGCAACUUCAGCAGAGGCAGGCCAACGUCGUUCUUCAGGCAUCCAAUGGCGCUCAAGUCAUUGAAGACGGCGGCGCCCCGCAGCAGUCCUUCUUCCCGCCAGACGUCGCCCGUCACUACCAGAGCCAGCUCACUGCAUUUGCCGAGGGCUACUACAACGAGCUCCACAAGGAGGCCUUCAACUCGUCUCACCAAGUGCCAGGAUCAUCGCAGCAGCAACAGCAGCAACAGCAAUGGAGCCAACGUUCGGCUUCUGAGGUCACCCAAAAGGCUGCUGCGACGAUGCAGCAAGAGCAGCAGCAGCAGCAGCAGCAGCAGGUUGCACCAGUCGCUGCACAGGAUCCGGCCGUGCUCCUCUCGACUGUCUCCACCACAUCGGGCCUCGACGUCAGCUCGCCGGAGCUGCGUGAUCAGAUGCUUCAGUACGCCCACGGACUCUACUCUACAGGAAGCACCACCGAGACCGUCCAGGCUUCUGAAGGCGAGGCUGCUGCUGGAGGGGAGGGUGCAGCGCAGACGCAAACAAAGACGAAGGUGAAGCUGCACCCGACGCUGUUGCCACUGCUCCACACGCUGCGGGACCUGCACCCCAAGCACAAGCCCACGCUCCUCCUCCUGAGCUGCGCCUACUACAGCGCAGGUGACCUCGCCGCCAGUCUCAUGUACAACAACGAGAUUCUCAAGCUCGAUCCCAAAUACGUCGAGAGCAUGAGCAACAUUGGCACCACUCUGCGAGCUCUCAACCGGUGGAACGAGGCCGAGAGCUGGUGGUGGCGCGCUAUCCGGCUCCGGCCUGGCUACUGGGAUGCCUAUGAGAAUCUUCUCGGCGUCCUCAGCUCACCGCAGCAGAUGCCGCUGUCCCACGAGCAGAGGGUGGCCAACGAGCGCGCGGUCGAGCAGGGCCUCUUGCCCGAGUCAAACAUGCAGCGGUCCAGCGAGCAGCCGCAGAUGGGCGAGCCGCGGUUCCAGGAGGCGCUCAAGUUGUGCGACUUUGUCGAGGCUCACGUCAUGGCCGCCAAAGAUGAAAGCUCGGGUGGCGACAGCGAUGAAAGCCGGCCGAGGAAGGUGGCGGGAGGAGGCGACCACCCUGUAUGCAUACCCUCCCACCUUCCCGUUUCGCAGGCAUGGAGACUGCAGAAUCUCUUUUAUGCAAAGGGCAACCUCAAGUACGUUUUGACCAACAAUGGCUCCGUGCCAGCGGCCAGAGAGUAUCAAAAGGCAAUCGAGAUCUCGCUUUCGUCGUCGGAGCAGAGUGCCUACAGCCUCAAGGACCUGGUCGUUGCCACUUACGUUGCCGCCAUCCUGACGAUGAAGACAACGCUCCCGGGUACUGAUCCAACGACGCUCGUCGCAGAGGUCGCCCGGGCCAUUGGUCUAGACGUGCGAGACCCAACGCACCUCCAGGCAAUGGCAAGUGGCAAGUACGCUACUCUCAGCUCUGGCGGCCUCCUUCGGCUCGUUCGCGACUCGGGCGACAUCAUCGUAAAGUUCCUCUUGCGCAUUGGCAAAGGGCAGCUGCCUACGCUCAUGCUGCUUCCUGAGCUAGCAAUCAGGCUAAGAGAAAUUCUCUUUGCCGAGACAGAAGGGCAACUGCCUGCUCUGGCUCUCAACGCGCACCUUCAAGGAGCCAAGAGCCCCGUUGGAUUUCAGCAGGCUUCGCAGACCACGAGCACCAUUCUUCUCACUCUGGCCAAGCUCUAUCAGGACGCGACGGCAGUAGCCCCUGCGGCUGCCAGUGGGACCCAGGGCGGCCCCCUGACGCUCGGGGGUAUUCCUCCGUCGCUCUCGUUGAUGUUUCCGCUCUACUACCUCUCCAUCUCGCUCAACCCUUCUGCGUCAACGGCGAACAAUGUCGGUAUCCUACUCUCUUCGCUCCCGCUCAUCUCCCAGGUCGCAGCGCCCAACGGACAGCGCCAGACCGUCAAUGGCCAAGCGCUGGCGAUGCAGUACUACACCCACGGUCUCAACCUGGACCGCAAGCAUCCCCACCUUUACACGAACCUCGGCUCGCUCUUCAAGGACCUUGGCAAGCUCAACGAGGCGAUUCAAAUGUACGAAAAGGCCGUCGAGUACAGUCCCAACUUUGAUGUGGCCCUGGCGAAUCUUGGCAAUGCGAUCAAGGACCAAGGAAGGCAGCACGACGCGAUCCAGUACUACCGCAGAGCCGUCCAGGUCAAUCCUCGCUUUCCCGAGGCACUCUGCGGCCUCGUCAACUCGCUCCUGGCUGUGUGCGACUGGAGGGAGGUGUACCCGGACAAGGAGGCCGGUUGGUCUGGAUGGAUGUCUGACGUCAAGGAUCUGGUCCAGCGGCAGCUUGACGACGGCACCCACUACGGUGCAGGUACGCUGGCUGCCGAAGGGACCCCUUUCGAUUGGGCAAAGCUCGUGGCUGCUGCCACGGGCGACACGAGGCCUUCAACGGUUGACAGCCUGAUCCGACGCUUCCAGACGUUUUACCAAACUCUCGAUCGGCAGACGCUCAAGAUCAACGAGGGUUCGUUCGUCAUCCGACUCAUCGAGCGACUCCUUCGCCGAAGUCAGAGGAGGUGGUACUUGGACCGCUUUGGAAAUAUGAUUCGACAGCAGCAGCAGCAGCAACACAAUCAGUCGUCUAUGCCGAUCGAUCCAACGUCCGAGGACGUCAGACUUUACCCGAGGGUGCCCAUACCCUCGUGCCUCGUCACCCCUACCGUGCCCACCGUGCUCCCCUUCCACACCUUCACGCUCAAGAUUCCCCCGAGGCACAUUCGCCUCAUCUCGCACAGGAACGCCCUGCGCAUCUCGCAAACGACGCUCACACAGAUGUGGCUGCCGGCCCACGUGUACCCACCACCACCUCCGCCCUCGCCCAAGCUGCGUGUCGGCUAUGUGUCUUCGGACUUCAACAACCACCCCUUGGCCCAUCUGAUGCAAUCCGUCUUUGGCUUUCACGACCUCAGCCGCUUUGACGUGUUUCUGUAUGCGACGACGGCGUCGGACCAGAGCCCCUAUCGGCAAAAGAUUGAAUCCGAGGCGCAGCACUUUGUCGAUGUUUCGACGUGGACGAACCAAGCGAUCAUCAAUCGCAUCUUGGAAGACGGCAUCCACAUCCUUAUGAACCUCAACGGCUAUACCAAGGGUGCCAAGAACGAAGUGUUUGCCGCGCGACCCUGCCCCGUCCAGAUGGAGUUCAUGGGCUUCGCAGGCGGCAUGGCCUCCGGAUGGACCGACUGGAUCGUGGCAGAUCCCAUUGUGUGUCCACCAGACCAGACGAGCGUUGACCAGUGGAGAGCCAAACGACGGUUCCAGCACACGUUGCCCCGUCCGACGGACUUUGGCGGCGAUCUGGACCCAGAGGAGCCCGGUGACGAGUGGGUCUAUACUGAGCGCUUCAUCUACAUGCCCCACUCGUACUUUGUCAACGAUCAUGCUCAGGGCUUCCGGGAGCCGCAGGAGCGCCGUGCGAUCGACGGUCACCUCAUCAAGCCAGGCGAGAUGUCAGAUGAGGAGGCGUGGGCCGAGGAGGAAGAGCGUCGAUGGAAGGCCAGGAAGGAGCUCUGGCCGAACCUGCCCGACGACUUUGUCAUUUUCAGCGACUUCAACCAGCUGUACAAGUUUGAGCCGGAGCUGUUCAAGCUCUGGCUCAGGAUCCUCAAGCGCGUACCGAGGUCCAUCCUGUGGCUCUUGCGGUUCCCGGCAGCGGGCGAAGCGCAUGUCCUCCGGUCGGCCAAGGAGUGGGCGGGUGAAGAGGUGGCUUCGAGGGUCAUCUUUACCGAGGUUGCGCCUAAAGGGGUCCACAUCCAUCGUGGCAGAAUCGCAGACCUGUUCUUGGACUCGCUCGAGUGCAACGCACACACGACGAGCGCCGACAUCCUCUGGAGCGGCACACCUGUCCUGACGUGGCCCAAACACCGUUACAAGAUGGCUAGCAGGGUCGCGGCAAGCAUCGUCAAUGCCACUGGCCUGGGCGAGAGGCUGAUCGUCGACAGUGAGCAAGCCUACGAGGAACGAGCCGUCGAGCUCGCCAGUGGACUCGCCUACACCUAUGUCGACGGGCAAGGCAGGGCACUGGAGCCAGUCCAAGCGCUCGGCAAGAUCACAGCUGAGGCGUUCAAGUUCAACGCCGCGAGCAGCUCGGCACAGCCGCAUUCUGCCCAGCAGCCACAAGGCCAGCAGUCUCAGGGGACUGCGAAUCUCGACGCUGACAGACACUCUGCGAUGGCGCCCGCCAACGUGGGUCAGGCAGCUGCGGUUUCGUCCAAGAGCACUGCAGCGGAGGAUCUGGGCAGGGACUCGGUCGAGCUUGUCCAUCAGGGCGAGCCGCAGGGUCCACCGGGUGCAACGACGCGGCGUGGCCAUGGCGAGCUCUCGGAGCUCCGCAAGAUGCUCUUCCUCACACGCGACAAGAACCCGCUCUUUGACACGCGUGGAUGGACUCGUGCGCUGGAGAGAGGCUACGAAGAGGCAUGGAAGAGAUUCGUCGAAGGUACAGACGUAGAGGAUAGCCCAGAGUGGGAGGCCUUGCCUGAAGACGCGCCCGAGAAGCGGAGUGGCCACAUCUGGCUGACGGCGAGCGACGCAGGCAGGGACGACUUCUACGCCACCAAAAAGGUGCUGUAAAUCACUUGACGACGCUUGUUUCCUUUUCUUAUUACUGCUGCUUUCGUCCACGCCUGAUUUCCCAAGGCGAAUUCUUCCUGUUGCCUGUGCUGCCAACGCCUCUGCUUUCUGGGCUGGAAAUGCCCUGGACUUGAUGGCCUUUAUUGUUUAAUUUAAUCACCUGUCAAUUCAUGAGAUGGGAGAUGAAUCACUGCUGCUGCCAGGACAGCGUGCUGCAAUUGAAGCAGGGGCAGGCGUCCACGGCGCGACUUGGUGGCCAAUGCGCUGAGACCGAAAGGCCAAAUCAACAUAAUUAGGCGCGUCGUGCGGGCGGGCCGU